AUCGCCACCUACGCCCAACCAAACCCAACUCCUCACCUGCCUAUAUACGCAACCUCACCACCGCCUUCACCUCUGCGCUCCGAGAUCCCGAUCCCCGACAAUGUCGACCGCAUCCUCGCUGCGCGCAGCGGCCCCGAGCACCGCCCCCUGCGCCGGACUCAGAUCCACCUCUGCAGCGAGCAGCGUGCGCGUGGCGCCGGCGGCGCGAGGGGGACGUGGCAGGCUUGUGGCCCGUGCGGGUGCGGCGGUUGCAGCAAAGGCGGAUGCGCCGUCGGGUGCCGCGGCCCCCAAGUCCGACGGCCAUGAGGUCUUGCUGUUUGAGGCUCUUCGUGAAGCCUUGAUAGAAGAUAUGAAACUGGAUCCAACAGUGUGCGUGUUUGGUGAAGAUGUUGGUCAUUAUGGUGGUUCUUACAAGGUGACAAAAGGUUUGGCUGAUAUGUUUGGAGACCUCCGAGUGCUGGAUACCCCUAUUGCUGAGAACUCAUUUACCGGCAUGGGGGUUGGAGCAGCAAUGAAAGGACUGAGGCCUGUUGUUGAAGGCAUGAACAUGGGCUUCCUGCUCCUUGCUUACAAUCAGAUCUCAAACAACUGUGGCAUGCUUCACUACACUUCGGGUGGCCAGCUUAAAAUCCCACUUGUGAUCCGGGGCCCUGGUGGUGUUGGUCGUCAGCUUGGAGCAGAGCAUUCACAGCGUCUGGAGUCGUAUUUCCAGUCAAUCCCUGGCCUGCAAAUGGUUGCCUGCUCAACUCCUUACAAUGCUAAAGGUCUGAUGAAAGCCGCCAUCAGGAGUGAGAAUCCUGUGGUGCUGUUUGAGCACGUCCUUCUGUACAACCUGAAGGAGAAAAUCCCCGACGAGGAAUAUGUGCUCUGCUUGGAGGAGGCCGAGAUGGUGCGGCCUGGGGAGCACGUGACCAUCCUCACCUACUCACGUAUGAGAUACCACGUGAUGCAGGCCGCAAAGACACUAGUGAACAAAGGGUACGAUCCAGAGGUCAUUGACAUCAGGUCGCUGAAGCCGUUUGAUCUGCACACGAUUGGCAACUCCAUCAAGAAAACCCACCGUGUGCUGAUAGUGGAGGAGUGCAUGCGCACGGGAGGGAUUGGCGCCAGCCUGAGAUCAGCCAUCAUUGACAACUUCUGGGACUACCUUGAUGCCCCCAUCAUGUGCUUGUCAUCACAGGAUGUGCCGACGCCAUAUGCUUCAACCCUGGAGGAUGCGACCGUCGUGCAGCCUGCCCAGAUCGUGGCCGCGGUUGAGCAAAUCUGCCAAUAGGAAGAUGACGACUGUGUUGGAAAAUCAUCGGGUUAUUAUAUCGUUGCUGCCAUAAAAGUUUUCUGUUUUUGCCUUGUAGCUAGGCAUUCGUUGCGGUACAGGCUUAUAGCCGUCCUGUUCGUAUUUUGAGGUGUAUGCUUGAAUGCAUUGCUGCAUGGAGUUGAUCUAAUUGUCCCUUUUCUGCGA